UCUUCCAUCUGCUGGUUCACUCCCCAUAUGGCUGCAACGGCUGGAGCUGCGCAGAUCCGAAGCCAGGAGCCAGGAGCUUCUUCCAGGUCUCCCGCAUGGGUGAAGGGGCCUAAGGACUUGGGCCAUCUUCUAUUGCUUUCCCAGGCCAUAGCAGAGAGCUGGAUCAGAAGAGGAGCAUCUGGGACUAGAACCAGCACCCAUAUGGGAUGUUGGCUCUUCAGGCCAGGGCUUUAAUCCGCUGCGCCACAGUGCCUGCCCCUCUAGUGAGAUCUUAAAUACUCCCAACAUCCACACAAAACAGGUAACUGUGAGGUUUUGGACAUGUUAAUUAACCUGAUUUGGCAAUCAUUUCACACACAAAUAUAAAACACCAUGCUGUACAAGUUGAGUAUAUACAACUUUUAUUUGUCAAUAAAUCUGAAGAAAGAUCCAAACAAAUAAAAGCAUAGAUCAUGCUCAGGGAUUGGAAGAUUCAAAUGCUAUUAUGUAGAAGAAUAUCUUCAUGAAAGUGGGAAAAGGCCUUUCGGCCGGAGCCGCCAUCUUCCAGUAAUUCGCCAAGAUGACGAACACAAAGGGAAAGAGCCGAGGUACCUGGUACAUGUUCUCCAGGCCUUUCAGAAAACAUGGAGUUGUUCCUUUGGCCACAUACAUGCGCAUUUACAAGAAAGGUGAUAUUGUGGACAUCAAGGGAAUGGAUACUGUUCAAAAAGGAAUGCCCCAUAAAUGUUACCAUGGAAAAACUGGAAGAGUCUACAAUGUUACCCAGCAUGCUGUUGGCAUUGUUGUAAACAAACAAGUGAAGGGCAAGAUUCUUGCCGAGAGAAUAAAUGUGUGUAUUGAACACAUUAAGCACUCUAAGAUCCGAGAUAGCUUCUUGAAACGUGUGAAGGAAAAUGAUCAGAAAAAGAAUGAAGCCAAAGAGAAGGGUACCUGGGUUCAACUAAAGCAUCAGCCUGCUCCACCCAGAGAAGCCCACUUUGUCAAAACCAAUGGAAAGGAGCCUGAGUUGCUGGAACCCAUUCCUUAUGAAUUCAUGGCAGGAUAAAUGUAAGAUAAAUAAAUAAGACCUAAUUGAUAAAAAAAAGAAAGUGGGAAAGGUUAAGAUUUCAUAAUUAGCACAUAAAACCUACUAACUAUAAAAUUGAUUAAUUAGGCUACA